CUAGACUGAGGGCACAGCACACCCACUGGUUACUACGCCCUCUGGAUAAUGUGUACUGUGCGGUGGGGACCAUAGUGAGCAUGUGCAUCGGGGAGAGCAUGGCUGUGUGAGCGCAGCUCUGGUUCUCAGAUGGAAUGCAGUGACAUGAGGCAGCAGAGAAGCAAGGCAGCCAAGGACAGUUAGCUAUGUCUGAAAACAGUGUUUAUAACAACAGAACAUCCAAUAAGCCAUCGCACAGUCCACACUACACUUGGGAAUAUGAAUACUAUGAUUAUGCACCUGUUUCUUUUGAAGGAUUGAAGGCUCAUAAAUAUUCAAUUGUGAUUGGAUUCUGGGUUGGCUUAGCAGUCUUUGUCAUUUUUAUGUUUUUUGUUCUGACUUUGUUAACAAAAACAGGAGCCCCUCAUCAAGAAAAUGUUGAUGCAUCAGAAAAGCGAUUCCAGGUCGAUAGGUUUGCAGCUCACUUCAGGAGACAAUUAGACACAAACAGAGUUUUCUCUUGCCAAGUGGAGGAAACUAGGUCUCUUUUUCAUUGCUAUAUAAAUGAAGUUGACCAACAAGACAGAACAAAGUCCUCUAAAGGAGUUGGAGACAGCGACAUUCUUAUUCAGCAAACUGUAAGAAACAGUAGAGUGGAAGACGAGAUGCAUCAUCAUGCAAAAUUCAACAUUCCAAACUGUGUAAGCACCGACCAGAAUUCCUCUAUAGGAGAGGAGGAUCUUUUAAUCUAUGACCCAACAAUUAUAUUAGAAACCAAGCCAUCGUCUUCAGGACAGCAUCAUUUUUUAAAUGGAUAGUAGAUUAAAUCACAUUUCAGCGAACACAGUCUUGAUUUCAGACCUACUCUAAGGGUGAGGCAUUUUUAAGGAAAGGGCUACUCUUAGAUGAUUAAAAUAAAGCACAAGAAAAUAAAGGACAACAAGGGAUAUUUUCACAUCUGGUGACUAUUUGAUGUUUAAUUGCUUAAAGUAACAGAUCAUUUUUCUAUUUCAUAAAAAAAUUAUUGUACAUGUAUUUUGUAUG